UGAUGGGUACCGGAUAGAAAUCUAUGGCACAAGAUUUCUCAAAAUUUGAAUUUCAAUCCGCGGCAAUAAGCAACAGACCUCUGCCAUGUCCCCCUCUCUCUCUCUCUCUCUCUCUCUAGACUACAUUUGACAGCAUCCACGGCGUGUUGAUUCUCCGAAGAUGACAACCCUAGAGAAGCUAUUCGUCCAGAUCUUCGAUCGAAAGAAUCGGAUCAUCGAACAAGUCGACCAACAAUCAGACUUGUACACUCGACACCUCGUUUCCAAACUUCUCAUUGAUGGAAUCACUCCUCCUUCAUGGCUAUGGAACCCUAAAUUCGACUCUCAAUCUUCAGAUCCCAAAGAGCUGAAUAAAGAAGAGCUGAUUUCUGAACUUCUACUUCCUCAUCCACAACCUGCAGUCCCAUAUUCAGGCGCUCACUACCCUCUGUACAAUAAGCCACUUGUCAUAGGAGAUAAUGGAGAGUCAUCAGAAGGGUUGUUUACGGGAACCCAUGCACCCAACAGAGGUUUCAAUACUGGAGAUAGGCCAACAACUGUGUCUGAGUGCCAUGAUAAUGACAUUGAAUGUGCCUUAGAUUGUGUCCCUGAGCUGGACCUGAGUGUUACAUCUCCUCAGUGGCAGAUUGAUGCAAGCAUCUCAAACAUCUGUACUGCACCAGAUGAGUCACUUGCCAGGAUACAGAGGUCCAAGUCAAGGCAAAAGGCUCUAGAGCUUCGCAAAUCUGCGAAAGCAACACCUAAAAGCCGUUUUGCCGAUGAGAAUGACAUUGGUGCUUCUUCUAGUGCAAUUAAAAUAUCUAGGAUUGCUUCCCAACAGCUUGAUUGUGAUGAUGCAGUGAGACAGGCAAAAGUAGAAUGCUUAAGCAAGGAAAAGGAUGCUAACAUUUAUUGUGGUAGAAUUACAAGAUCUAGAAGUUCUUGCAAUCUAUCUAGUCGUGGUAGUAAACCUUUGAAGCUUCUUAGUUCUUCUGAUAUUGCUAAGGAAGAUGGUGCCAGAAAGACAAUGUCACAAAGUGCUUGUAUUGAAGGAGUAUCAAAGCCUGUACAUUCAUCGAAUACUGCCAGCCAACGAGUGACGCGAUCCAAAUCUGGUGCUUCUAAAAAGUCUCUACUCGUUAACUCAUUAAACAUGUUGGAAGGACUACUCAUUCAGAAUGUGUCAGGUGGUGACAUAAUCCCACAUUGUCCCGACACUGAUGCUAUUGCUAACCAGGAAGGAAAGGCUGAUUAUGUCACAGAACCAGACCGUAUUUUAGAUGGGCCAGUUGAUGCUCGAGCAGCUUGUUCUGAGUCUAACUUGGAUGCUGCUGGCUUAAGUGUAGGGUUGGAAGUUGUUCUCUCGAGGCCACCAUCUGAUUGUAGUAUGUCUGUGAAGCCCAAGACACUUGACUUUGGUGAUGUGGAAAAGUGCAGUUUGAAUGAAACCUUUAACCCUGUUGUGGAAAAGGAAAGGCUGGACAAAUCAUCAGGGAAAAGAUGUGCUGUAGUGAAGUCUGCCACAUCACUAGAUAAAGUAAGUUUUGAUGACCCUUGCAGAAAAUCUUUGGAGACGCAAUCACUGGAGCAAGAGGUCUCAAACAAAAGAGAACAGCCUAGGAGGGUUUCUUUUGACACCUGUGUGGAAGAGUGUGUUGUAGUUGAUGAAGAGGUAUCCGAAUUAGAUAUCAAUAAGAACCUUCAGAAUGCUGAAGAUAAUUCAGAUGCUGUUGUAGAAAUUCAACACUUCCCUUUUUCUCACGAGGCAGAUGUUGCACUAUUAAAUGUUGAUAAGGGCCCUGGUGUAGAAAUGCAUCAAAAGGUGACAUGUCAUAUAGUGGAAGGAUUUGAGUCUUCACCCAGGCUGCAAGUUGAGGAGGGUGAACUUGGCUGUGAUGGAAGGGAUACUAAUAAGACAACCCCUUUCAUGUUCAAGCACCAACAAUUACGGCAAUCCCUUGUCUCAAAUUUGACCAAACACUCAGCUGGAGUUCAAGGUUGCCUGGUUGGGGAGGUGGGAAUGACAGAUCCAAGUAGUGCUGUUCUUGAUGUAAGGCAGUGCUAUGAAGAAGAUAACCAAGACUUGAUGUGCAUUGAAAAUAAACUUGACGAAGGAAAUAUGAGUGGUGGUUUGGCUUGGAGUGAGAGAACCCUGCUGGAAAGAAAAUCACAUGUGGUAGAAGAUGGCUUAUUAGCAUGUGGUUCAGUUGGUUCUCUGCAUAGUGAGGAGAAGAAUUUUAGUUCUUCUGAAAUAAGAGAACUCCAACUUUUAGAAAGCUCUUUACAUCUGGGAAGAAGAUUAAGGUCUGUUUCAGAGGAUUCCUGGCCUCAGUUUAAGCGGAGAAAGAUUGACGGCGAACGAACUAAUUUCUUCUCUGCUUCCCCUAGCUUUAGGGUGAAAGAGAUUCAUGGUAUGGGAGGGCACACCACGAACAAAAAUGUAAAGAGCAUGGAAGAUAAUUUAGAAACUGUUUUACAAAUUGAAUGCUUGCCAGUUUCUCACGAGGGGGAUGCAGCACAAUUGAAUGCUGAUAAGAGUCCUGAUAUGGAACUGAACCAGAAGGUAAACUACCAUUUGUCCGAAGGAAUUGAGCCUUCACCAGAGCUGCAACUUGAACAGGACGAAUCAACAUCCAAGCAUGGACAAAUUGGGCCAUCCUUAGUUUCAAGUUUGACCAAAGAGGCAGCAGGAGACUCCCAUGGUUGCUUUAUGAAGAAUGUGGGACCAGCAGAUACAACUAGCAUUGUCCUUGAUGUAAGGAAGCAGUGUGAUGAACAAAAUUUCAAAGAUUUGCAGCAUUCUGAAUAUAAUGGCACCAUGGAAAAUAAGGAUGACUUGAUUAAUACUGAGAGGAUACUGCAGGAAACGAAAUCUCAUUUCGAAGAGGAUGGCUUAUUUUCAUAUUGUUCAGUUGAGUCUCCACAAGACAAGCACAUGGCUUCGAUUGGUGCUGAUCAAACUAUGCCUGAGUUUGAGGGGUUCAUUAUUCACCCUGAAGAGAAUGAACAACCACAUAUUGUUGGAGAUGCAAUUAGCUUUGACAAAUUGGACCUUCCAAGUACCACAGUAAAACGUGCUAGUGUUCUGGAACAGCUUUGCAAAUCUGCUAGCAGGCAUACCCCACUGUCUGAAUUCUCAGCUACAUUCAAAUUGCAUGGAACGCCAGAUUUAUACCAGUCUGUACCAAAUGGACUUCUUGAGCACAUGGACCUGAGGAGUACCUUAAAUCUAAAUGAUGAUGGUGGAAAACAGCUCAGGGCAAGUUAUAGUUGUGUGGAUGAAGUGAAGUGUGCUUUCGAAGGAGUGUUGUAUUCUGAUUGUGUACCAUACACUGAUGCUCGUUUUGGUUGGAGUUUUAAAAAACCUUAUAUGUCUCCUAUUGGAAAGCUCUGGGACAGAAUUUCAUCAAACUCCAGUAGUUCAGAGAAGCAACGGAGCUUAAACCCAGAGCUUACAUGCUUCCCAAUUGAGGAAGAUCCCAGCAUUAGUGGAGAGAAUGAAAAUAUAGAUGAGGUGGCUGAUACAAUCCAAGAGGACAUUUCUUCAACACUGAUGACUCAUGCCAAACGACAACCACUUGCAGAGAUAAAAGAAGCAUGUGUGAACCCUCCUACAUCAGUUUCUGCAGCAGAGAGAUUUCCUGAUAGAAAUAGUUUAGAUUCCACAAACACUGAAGUCAGUGCUACUGGGGCCCAAAGUAGGAUCAAACAGAAGCUUGGUAAUCGCUACAGCAAUAAGAGGAGAUGUACAAACGAGGCAAAGGAGAACCGCUAUUUAUCAAUAAGCACAAAUUGUAUUAAGAAGGCAACUGAGUCACUAAACAACAGAUUCAGUAAGCCAAAAUUGUCAGGGAAAGCAAGUUUGAGGAAAGGUGGGCAGAAUCUCUUAGAGAGGGAGUCUAAGCAUAACAAUAUUGUUUCAAACAUCACUUCCUUUCUUCCACUAGUUCAACAAAAACAAGCAGCUGCAGUUGGCACAGGGAAGAGAGAUAUCAAAGUGAAGGCACUGGAGGCUGCUGAGGCUGCAAAGCGCCUUGAAGAAAAAAGACAGAAUGAACGCAAGAUGAAGAAGGAUGCGUUGAAGCUUGAAAGAGAAAGAAAAGAGCUAGAAAAUUUGCGGCAAAUGGAGAUAAACAAGAAAAAGAAAGAAGAGGAACAGAAGAAAAAAGGUGCUGAUAUGGCAGCAAGAAAAAGACUGAGGGAGGAAGAAGAGAGGAAGGAGAAGGAAAGAAAAAGAAAGCGAAUUGAAGAACCACGACAACAACAGAGAGGCAAAGAAGAGAAAUUACGAGCAGAGAAAGAGAAAGAAGUACCAUUUGGUGCCAUGGAUGAAAAUGUGAACGAUGGGAAGGAAUCUAACAAUGAAUUGAGAAAACAUCAAAAAAUUAAAAAGCCGCAGACUGAUCCUAGGGCUGCUGAAAUUUCAACAAGCAAUGCCAGCCAAGUAAUCCUGGAGGAUUGUCAAGCUUUUAGUCACUUUGGUGACAAUGGGGAGCCAACUAGUGUCUUCACAAAAACUGCUGAAAAGGAUAGCUUUAUGGCAAAGACAAGUCUAGAAAAAUCAUAUUCGAUUUCUCCAUAUCAAUGCUCGGAUGAUGAAGAGGACGAAGAGGAUGAAACGGAUGAAAUUCGCACGAAAAAGUUUGUUCCUCCUUGGGCCAGUAAAAAUUCAGUGGCUCUUGUUCUUUCAUCCCUGCAAAAAGUUGACCCAUAUAUAAUAUUCCCACCUGAAAGUUUUUGCAGUAUAGAUGAAGUCCUACGGCCUCAAAAAUUACAGCCAAAAUAGGAUGCAACGUUGAAGAAAUUGUUGUCUUCAAGAACAUUGCUGCAAUAACUUGGAUGAGAUUUCUGCACCAAGAUAAGGCGAAAUUCAACGGGGAAGGAGAUCUCGCUUGGGCCUAUUUGUUGUGAACGAUAGAAAAUUUGUAGAGAUGUAUAUACUUAAUGCAAUGUUAGAUGAGGAUUUUUUUCUCGUCUUAGAUCUGAAUUUGAUGGUUUCUUUGCAAUUUGGCUUAAAAUUAACCCAGCCAUUUAAGUAGCCAAAAUAGCUCAGAGGGUUAUUAUUCCUCUUUAACAAUUCCUAUUUCUGAUUUUGUCGCAUUGUAGUAUUUCAAGUUUAUGAAUAAUAGAGUGCCUGACAUUUUGAUGCACUUGUUCAACAAUUUUUGUGUGUUACACUAAAUUUAUUUGGAAAGAAUUUUUUUUUCUAGAGACAA